AUGGUCGCCCACACUUGGAGCGUGAACAGCAGCAACUCGGCGUUCCCUCCCGGCGCUAACGGCAGUGUUGGAGACCCCCUGGCGCCCCCCGGCUCCUCCGGCCUGAGCAGGACGGGUCACACGGUGGUGGCCGUCUGCCUCGGCUUCAUCCUCUUCUUCGGAUGCUUCAAUAACCUGCUGGUUCUCCUCGUGUUCGCCCGGUUCCGCUCGCUGUGGACGCCAAUUAACGUGGUCCUGCUGAACAUCAGCGCCAGCGACAUGCUGGUUUGUGUGUUCGGGACACCCUUCAGCUUCGCCUCCAGCCUGUACGGGAGGUGGCUUCUGGGACAGCACGGCUGCGAGUGGUACGGCUUCGCCAACUCCCUGUUCGGGAUUGUAUCUCUAGUCUCGCUGUCUGUCCUGUCAUAUGAACGCUAUGUGGCCGUGCUGCGGGCCACCAAGCCAGACACGUCGGAUUUCCGCAAAGCCUGGCGCUGUGUGGCAGGUACCUGGCUCUACUCGCUGGCAUGGACAUUGCCUCCGUUCCUGGGCUGGAGCAGCUAUGGGCCUGAAGGUCCAGGGACCACCUGCUCCGUGCAGUGGCACCAGCGCUCCACCAGCAGCAUCUCUUACGUGGUGUGCUUGUUCAUCUUCUGCCUCGUCCUGCCACUGUUGCUCAUGGUCUACUGCUAUGGCAAGAUCCUGCUCAUCAUCAAGGGGAUGACUAAGAUCAAUCUGUUGUCCGCACAAAGACGGGAAAACCACAUUCUACUGAUGGUACUCACUAUGGUGUCCUGCUACCUGCUGUGCUGGAUGCCCUAUGGGGUGGUGUCGCUGAUGGCCACCUUUGGCAGGCAGGGACUGAUCACACCUGUAGCCAGUGUGGUGCCCUCGGUGCUGGCCAAGAGCAGCACUGUGAUCAACCCUGUCAUAUACGUGCUCUUCAACAACCAGUUCUACAGGUGCUUUAUAGCUUUUGUAAAAUUUGGAGUAGAGCCAUCGAUCCACACCCAGCACAACAGCAGGGAGGAAGCACCAGCAUCCAGCCUGUGUAGGCCCUGCACAGGGUCUCCAUGGCCCCUCAGCCUCAGGAGCCACAGUAAGCAGUCUUCAGAGAGAGAGCAGCGCACUCUGUCCCUUGUGGUUCAUUACACACCCUGACGAACAUAAUGACAUUGUAUGUGACGUAGUUUGGUAUUCUUUAUAUACCCUGCUACCUCUGUAGCCAAACAGUGGGACACUGAUUUUCACAGUGAAAACAUUGAAGAGGAGAAUCUCUCGCAAACCAGAGGCAGAAAGGUGUAAUUGGAAUGAGGUAUGUUGGGUUUCGUGCUUGUGUUGCAAGCUGAACUUGUAGGAUAACGGAUGAAGCACAUUACCUCUUAAACCUUAUCCCUGUGGUGGUCUCUGUUUUGCAGUUCAAAAACAAAUGCAGUGCUGUGAUUGAUGGAGAGCAUUAGCCAUGCUAGUAGUAGCAUGGUGUGCUUAAAGAUGAGUCACAAAGGUUAGGUUAAAAAUGGCAUCCACCCACGCAAAACAGUGCAAAAUGCAGCAACAUCAUUAUCUAAAACCUCUUAACAAGCUUCCAGACAGUUGGAUGGGUCGAUGAAGCUUGACCCCAGUAGCAAAACUUAAUGGCUUAUUAGCGGAGAUAACUCUGCUAGUUUCUCACUAAAAUGUAUUGCCUUUAUGUGUCUUUUCUCUAUGGUCUUCACUAUUAAU